CAGGCCACCACCGCCCUCACGCAGGACCAGAAGCGGGAACUGCAGGCAAAGCUCGACAGCCUGGACGACGAUGGGAUGGACCGGGUGUUCCAUUUCCUCGUGCCGGACUUCGGCGGAGGCGAGGGCGAGGACGGCCAGAACGUGGUGGACGUGGACCUCGACCAGCUGGCGCCCGACCAGCAGAGGGGCCUGAUCCAAUUCGUUGACAAGGAGCUGGAGAGGGUCGCGGCGGCCGCUGUCCCAGGACCCGCAGCGCCAGCCCGCACAGACGGCUGGUCGCAGCUCCAGCCGUCCCUGGAGAGGGUCUCGGGGCGCGUGGAUGCGCUCGAAAAGCGAGUUGCUGAAGCUGAAGCCGAGAUCAAGAACCUCAAGAAGGAGCUGGCGCGCGAGAAGGAGAAGUCGCGGAAGCGACGGCCCGAUCCCGACAGGGGCGACAGCCCGUCGAAGCCGAAACCGCCGCCCUCGGCGUUCGCCAGGUGCUGCCAGAGCAUCCGGGGCGAGCUGAAGGGUUUGAGCGCUGCGGACCAGUCCGUGUGCGCGGGGAGGAAGUGGCAUGACCUCCCGCUGGCCCAGAAGGACGCCUUCAAGCGGGAGCACGCGGAGGCCCAGCAGUCCUACAGCGUCGCCCUGGCGGCGCACAGUGAGCAGCAGAAG